AUGCAAAAUUGCACACGUCAUGCGACCACAAACCAAGGAGACCCCUCCGGCCCCCACAUGGAACUAGCACCCUUCCCAUUAUCCACUAAACACAGCCGAAGCAUGGAGCUAAACCAAAACUCUAACCGAAACCAGAAACGAUCUCCGUACACGAGGAGGCAGAAGGGAGCAGACAAAAAAAAAGAGAGUGGCCCAUAUAUAUACUUCGCGUGCUUCCCACAACUCCUCCUCUUCAUCUACUACGGUCCUUCCUUAACACCACACACACACUCCUUAAUAAUGUCUGACUCGUCUAUCAACCUGGCUACUGUCUCUCUGCCCGCCGCUGGCGACAUUGGUUUUGGUACCUCCGCCUCUUUCCCCACCGACAUCUCUGCUUUGCUUACCAUGACCGAGACCUCCUACGACCCCGCCGCUGUCUCUUCUGCCGCCGCCGCUCUGAUCCAGAACGGUGAGCAGCAGGCUUCCAUUGACGCUGCUCUCUCUGGCCUGGCUGAGAACGGAACCUCCAUCACUGACUCCGCCGCUCUGGCUAUCCUCGCUUCUGCCUCUGCUCUGCAGUCCCAGAACGGUACCGCCGCCGCCGCCGAGGCCACCUCCUCCUCCAACGGUACCGCUGUUGCUGGUGCUGGUGCUGGCGACUCCAUCUCUGUCGCCUCUGCUCCCUCUGGCGCAUCCGGCGUUCUCACCAACUCCGUCCCUGCCUCUGACUCUGGCUCUGCCCUCGUCACCGCUUCCGGCUCCGGCAGAGCUUCUGGCUCUGCCAAGGCCUCUGGAUCCGCCUCUGGAUCCGCCCGAGCCUCCGGCUCCGGCUCUGCUUCUGCUGCCGCUGCCUCUGCCUCCGGCUCCACCGAGAAGGCCAACACCGGCGCUCACAUGGUCAUCCCCGCCAUUCUGCUUGCCGCUCCCCUGGCCGCUCUUCUUUAA